CAGGUGGCGCUGUCGCUGUGGAAAGAUGCGAUCAGCGAAGAGCAGAGGCUUUUCCUUAAUUGCUCAUUUCAGUAACGGAGGCUAAACAACCCGAAACCUCUGCGGUCUCUCCUGUUAACGCGAGACGCUCCGCGUGUCCACCACAGCGUUUACCCGAGAAACAUCCAUGUUGUGAGCAGACAUCGCAGACUUCACCCGGCGGUUUUGGCUCGAGCUCCAGUAUGUCCAAGCGGCGCUCAUCGGAGAGGGGGGCUGGAGAGACAUCAGGCAGGGCCAGCAAGCUUCAAUGUCCUGGGAUAUCAGGCAAUAACGCCAAGAGAGCCGGGCCCUUCAUCCUCGGACCUCGUCUGGGCAACUCACCAGUGCCCAGCAUAGUGCAAUGUCUGGCCAGAAAGGACGGCACCGAUGACUUCUAUCAGCUCAAAAUCCUUACGCUGGAGGAGCGAGCGGACUCUGCAGGGGAGACUCAGGAGGAAAGGCAGGGGAAGAUGCUGCUGCACACAGAGUACUCCCUCCUUUCUCUGCUGCACAACCAGGAUGGGGUGGUCCAUCACCACGGCCUCUUUCAGGAUCGAGCCUACGAAAUAGUGGAGGACAUGGAGGCCAACAAAGUACGCAAGAUGAAGAAGCGGAUCUGUCUCGUGCUCGACUGCCUGUGUGCUCAUGACUUCAGCGACAAGACAGCAGAUCUAAUAAACCUCCAGCAUUACGUUAUAAAGGAGAAAAGACUAAGCGAGCGCGAAGCCAUAAUUAUCUUCUACGAUGUGGUGCGUGUGGUGGAAGCCCUUCAUAAGAAAAACAUUGUGCACAGAGACCUCAAGCUGGGAAACAUGGUGCUAAACAAACGGACUCACCGAAUCACCAUUACCAACUUCUGCCUGGGGAAGCACCUGGUGAGCGAGGAUGACCUGUUGAAAGACCAGAGAGGAAGUCCGGCCUACAUCAGCCCUGAUGUAUUAAGUGGUCGGCCGUACCGUGGUAAACCCAGUGACAUGUGGGCUCUCGGCGUGGUCCUGUUCACCAUGCUGUACGGCCAGUUCCCCUUUUAUGACAGCAUACCUCAAGAGCUCUUCCGCAAGAUCAAGGCAGCCGAGUACUCCAUCCCAGAGGACGGCCGUGUGUCGGAGAACACGGUGUGCCUGAUCCGGAAGCUGCUGGUGUUAGACCCUCAGCAGAGGCUUACUGCAGGAGAGGUGCUGGAGUCUCUCAGUGGCAUCAUUGCCUCAUGGCAGUCUGUUUCAUCGUUGAGUGGCCCUCUGCAGGUUGUGCCGGAUAUUGACGAUCAGGUCAAUCACGCAGAACAUCUGCAAGAGGCCAAGGUGAUAGAAGAGUCUUCACAGUACGAGUUUGAGAACUACAUGCGCCAGCAGCUGCUGUUGGCUGAAGAGAAGAACACUAUCCACGAGGCCAAGAGCUUUCUCACCAAGCGCCAGUUUGGCAGCAUCCCACCUGUACGGCGUCUGGGCCACGACGCACAGCCUGUCAGCCCGCUAGAUGCUGCCAUCCUGGCACAACGUUUCCUCCGGAAGUAGUCCCCAACGGCAGCCCCCCUGACCUCCCCAGGGAGUACGGAGCCCUGUGGAGUCCCGAGAAGACCGAGGAGGACUAGCCCUAAAACUGAACUUGCAUACAGGAGGCCCAGCCUGGACCAGGGAACACACAACCCCAUUCGAAGGUGGGCUUUGUGCAAGCUAGGUGGAGCAGGUGCGAGUUGGGCACCAGAAUGAACUGCCAAUUUAAAACUUCACUCCUCGUAUCUGAAUCCUGUGGCGAAACAUGGAAUGGCCAGGAGGAAGAUCUGAACCAAAGGUUCCUUGCCCUCAGGUCACCCACAGUCAGAUCUCACUGUGCAACCAACCGGAUGGCACAAUCCCACAUGGGGCGAACACAAGGCUCUGCCUGCAGUGUUGAAGAGACGUUAAACCCCAUAUUCCCCCCUACUGUAACACUUCCCCCAUCCACUCUGGUUCCCCGGAGCAACACAGGACCAGAAUCAUGUAGCAACCCCCUCUUCCUAGUGGUUAAUGGUAUUGCCUCAAGUCAGAUCACCUGAUCACAGAUGUCACUUCUCUAUACCUCCAUUCCACCCUCCUCCUCCUCCACUCGUUCCUCUUCCUCUCUAUUGUUUACUGUACCGAAAAUGAUCGAGACUGGUCCUGUCUGUAACUCUGACUCAAAUCAAUCUACCUCUCUGUCUCUCUUGUCUGUUGGUAAACCAUGCUCACUGUUUUGAGACAAGGGAUUGUAACGAUGGAGUCUUGAUGCCACCGGAGACGUAAAGCAUUAGUUUUCUGUCCACGUGAUAAUGCGUUUGAAACCUUUUCAGUGGUUUCAAACAAUCUGAAUAAGCUUUUUAUCAUAUUAACCUUAAUAAGUAGCAUUUCAUCCCUACCUUUGGAUUGAAGAUAAUGAAUAUCAAAUUAUGUGCACACACAUCCUUUGAUAUUUGCAGAAUGCAUUGUCUCCUGCUUUUGCUCAUCCCUGUGGAAAUCUAUUUUAGCAUAUAGGCAGCUAGUGUGAGGUACCUGGAAGUCACAAUGCCAAUACCUGAAUGGGAAACACUGUUGGAUCCUCCCUGCCAAGGCAUAUUGAUGGUAACGCUUCCUCAGUGCCAUUAUAGUGGAGAUCUAAGCACUGUCAUGUUUCUAUUGCCAAAAAUCAUGUCUUAAAGUGACUCUUAGCCAAGGAAACUGGUACCCACAGCCUCAUUCAGAAUCAAAUGGCUUCCAGGUAUUCCAACUUUCCGGUUUCUCUUUAUCAAGAUAGAUAACGGGACAAGUGUUUUUUUUGUUUGUUUUUUUCAGUAUGAAUGUGAACAUUCUAUGCUUUGAGUCUGUGGCGCUGUGGAGCUGUUCACCUCUUGACAGCCACAGGCCCUUUAAGCUAACCUCCAUCAUUGUGUUCUGUUAUCUGGCCUGCCUCGGUGGCAGACACUGUGAAAACCAGAGCGGGCUUUGCGGAGACGGGGCUUGACUGAAUGUUUUGACCGAUUGCCAUGAAUGCUCUCUGUAAGAUUGAAAACUAUCUCAUUCUAUUGCCAUUUCUCAAGCCUUCUCUCCAGCUCAACUUGUACAUGCUUGUAUUAUCUCACCAUGUAGGCUCUCUAUACAGAGACACUAUGUGGUGGCCGGUAAUUGAUUCUGUAAUGUUUCAUAGAGAAAUGAAAAUACAGACUCGUAGAUUUUUAAGUUUAGUUUCUGGGGCUUCUCGGCUGUUGAUGCAUUCUUGUCUUUUAUCAAAGGGUUUCUUGUAACCAUGGCAAAGCGACUAACCAGUGACUGUUAGGCAUCUGUACAUUGCAAACUGCCUUUGCGUAUUGGUACCUGCUUUAGGCUAUUUAGACUUCUUCCUAUUUAUAACUGAUUGCAUGAACAUAGGCUCUGAAAUAUUUUCAAAUGUCUUUACUUAUUCUUUUUCCUUGUAAUUUCAUGUUGAUUUAUUUAUUCUCUUGUGUAGACCACCCAUCCCCAAAUACUAGGCUCAACGUAUGCCAGUGUAACGGGGGUCCUAAACCUCUGUGCUCUCAGCUUUAAGAAGUGGUGUUAAUUUUCAGCCACAUUCAUGAAAGAGUAGCAUUUAUUUUGUUCCCUUUUUUAUAAUUCCUAAAUCUUUUUCUUGCCAUUCUUAAUGCUGUCAACUUAAGCUACACUAAUAACAAGACUGACUGCAUAGUAAAACAAAAAUGAUACUCGCACAUUAUCUUGAUUUAUCGGAGGGUUGUUUGUGUUUUUUGUUUUUUUUCUCCAUUCAUUUACCCCAAAAAUCCCCACAUAAGGCUGCACUCUCUGGUCAUUAUGUAAAUAUGUACCAUCAUGAAUGCACCAGUCAUAUUGUAUGUGGUUCCACCCAGUGAGAUACCAACUCUGUUUCAACACAUGCCGAUUGACGUGCAUUAUGGGCCACGUUGGCCAUCGACCGCCACAUCCAGAAGCUUAAAUUAUAUGUAAAGAGAGCUGUCGGCUCUCUCCCACCUCAAUGUGAAUUCCAUGGGUAUACAGCAGUAUUGUAGUAGUUUAGGUCGUUAAUCAGAACAGAGUGUUUAACGAACACCGUAGCUAUCGCUGAAUGCUGAUCUGUCUGUGGAAAGUGUCUUACGCAAUCUUCCAUGAAGCCCAACUACAAAUUAGUAACGACAGGUUCAAUAGACCCUUGAUGUAGAUGUUAUUUUGUCCCCCACGCCCAAUCAAAAAGUGUUUCACUUUCUAGCUAGUGGAUUGUACCACGCUCAAUGUUUUGUUUGACAGUUGUAUUGGUAGACCUCAAUGUGGACUGAAAAGCAUGGAGAUGGUGUGAGAUUCAGCUCUGUGUAAAACAUGUGACUGUUGCAUGAUUUUAAACGAGCAAGGUGUGCCGGAGCGACUGAUUGAACAUUUGCAGAUGGUUUCCUUUGGGAAACUACCAGGCAAAGUAGAUAAAUCCCCUUAAUUGAAUAAGUAGUGAAAUUGUAUUAAUUUCACAAGUUUUUUUAGUUUUUAUGAUUAUUUUCACUCUGCUUCUAAAGUUCUGUGUCUGCAGUACACAACUGAUAUUUUGCUGACCGUUUCAACUGGAAGCUAGUAGUUGUGAGAUAAGAAACGUGGUGUGGUUUAAACCCAAUGGGAUUUGUGUUGUAAGCUGCUUGGUCGGACGUGGGCAUCUAGAUACGGAAAACUGCGUAAUUGUACAGAUGAAAAACACGUUUGUAUAAAAAACAUAUUUUUCUACUUCAUCAGAUCUCUACAUGCAUGUCAGCAAUAAACUUUGAUAUGGAAACAUU